AUGCACUUGCUCCACACAUCGACUUGCCUGCCUGUUGUUGAUGGGCUGUCACAGGUGCAGCGCCUGACUGCUGCAGAGACUACUCUGCGGCGUUGGGGCUAUGCGGCAGAGAUCGUGUACACGUGGUUGGGACUGAUUUCGCUGUCUGUUGCUAGCUUUGCUGCAUAUUCCCAAGGAGGCCUACGCAUUUUUCAAAGUGCCAUGGGCUUGGGCCUGACCUCGGUGGGCCUGUCUGUCGUAUGCUCCCUGAUCGGCUGGUUUCAGGCCCGAAGCUGCAGGACUCUUGGCCGACGAUGCGGCCUUGCUGCCGGGUCUCUGGAACCAAAUGGGCCAGUUCCGCCAGCAGCGCAAAUGGCCGCCACGCUGCCCUCCCUCGUCGCCAUUGAGACAACUCUCAGAGCACGUCAGCGGACGGCUUGGCUGGGUGCCCUCUUUGCUGUGGUCGGCUUGCAGAGCAUGGUUGGUCUGAUGGUGGGGAAGGUUUUGGCGACAUCUGGAGGCUUCUCACAGUCACCAGGUAUAAACCUGGACGUUUUUACGUUGUUGGCGGUGUCCAACUCUGCGCUUGGCCACGUUAUUGCUGGAGGGCUGGCAGCUCUUCAACAAGGAUCUCUGCCACAACCAUCGAACUCGGACGACCCCUUCCAGGGUUGGAGCCGAUGA